AUGAAGACCGCCGCCAUUCUCAGCGUGAUUGCCCUCACCCUCACCGCAGGCGUCAGCGCCAAAGUCAACCCUUCCUGGGACAACUAUCCAAGAUCCCCCGACGACCCUAUGAUCUGGCUGGGUCCACGACGUGAGUGCAUCGGGCCAUAUGCGCCCAAGGACGGACUGUGCGGUUCCAAUGAAUACGGUAUGGGAAUGACACCUCCCCCCUCCCCGGGAGAUAUACGAGAGGUGAAGACUGACGAUUUGGAAUAG